UAAUUGAUUUUAAUCACAGUUUAUCUAAACAUUUCUAUUAUUGAUGAUGAAGGUGAGUAUUCUUCUGUAAUAAGAGACUUUAAAACAAAAUUGUACCACUAUUUAUUGAAGAAAAAAAAAAAUAAAAAAACUACUAGAGAUGAUUUGGGGCAUUAUAUUAAUGGUAUUAGGGAUAAUUGUCUUACCUAAAGCCCCCUGCGGAUGCUCAGUUAAGUCAGAGUUGAACUGUUCGGUUAGAUUAGUGUUUGCUUAGAAAUUUAUUUUUAUUAAAUCUUGACAUGGUAAGUUUAAGAUAUGUGUGCAUAUGUUACUGUUACCAAACAUGUUUUUUUGAAAAUUGAAAAUAUAUUGCUUUUUCUUAGAUAGUAUUUACAGGAAUUCAUUUGAUUUCUACUGAUUAUUGGACUCCGAGAGUUACUGGUUACUGAUGGCGUAGGGUUGAUUCAAAUCCCUUUAAAUCAUGCAGGUGUUUUCCAAAUGAAGUGUUAAACAUAUACCAAAUUAGUGCAUCUUACAUACCAGGAGCUAGCUUUUUAACUUCUAUUUUAAAUGUACUAUCAAGGAAUCUACCAGUGUUCCAACUUAAAAGCUAUUGUCGUUUGAAUGUUAUGUACACAUUGAGAUGAAAAUAUAGAAUAGUAAGCAAAAGGACACAGCUAAGAUGGGUUAAUGGUACAUGAUUGAUUGCUUUUUAUUACUAUUCUAUGUUUACACAACUCACUGCUGCCUAAUUGGUUAUUUGUAAAAGGCAAAAUUCAUCUCAUUGAAAGCAUCAUGACAAUUUUUAUGUAAGUGGAACACCGCAAAGGGCCCUGACUGUACACCAGCAAUUGGAUACCCCAUUAAUCCCAUUACUGAGAAGAAUCACAGUGAACUUAACAUACAAUUUUUUAAUAGUAUUUGCUAUGACUGAAUCAAUUAAGCGGCAAUAGAAUCUGAAAUGCGUCAUCAAAAGGCGGCUCUGUCCAAACAACGUGAGGACUGCAUGAAGAAGGCAGCAAUACUCAAAAAGGAGCUGGAGACUCUCAAAGAACAGAGGAGUGAACUAUAUAAUGACGCCAAACGAUCCCCGAGUCCUGACACCAAACGCUUUCUGAAAGAGAAUACAAAGUUACAGUUGGAGAUACAAAAUAAAUUGAAGACAAUCAACAAUGUAGUCGACAUGUUGAAAGGUAUCAUCGGAGAAGAAGCAGACAAGAAUGAAGUUGAGGAUUCCGGGGAACGCAGCUCAAAGAGGAAAUCUAGAUCUCCGUCUACAAAGAAGUUCAACUACGUGUACUAUGACCCGGAGAUGCACUGGUGCCGUGUCUGUAAUGAGUUCCCCGCGACAGCUAAAGACUACCUCACUCAUCUGCACUCGCCCGCACAUCACAAGAUGGCGUCGUCCCACAUGGAGGCGCCGUGGCACUCAGUGACGGGGAUGAACGAGGGCUUCCCCAACUACCCCUCCGCGCCAACCAAGCGCACACCCAUUAGAGGUCUGCAGUUCUUCGUGCCGUCGACGGCGUGGUACUGCAAGCUGUGCGACCAGUUCAUCGGCGACCUGCACUGCGCCAGCGCACAUCUCAAGUCCAUACUGCACUCCAAGAACUACACGAACUUCGUUGAACAGAACCCUCACUGGGACACGGACUGGAUGUCUGACAGACAGAAGGCUUUUGAAAAAAGUAGACCCAAGGCCAAGGAGGAGGAGAAGACGCCUUACGCCGCGCACACCAUCACCUUCUGCAAGGACGGCUUCCACACCAAGAGGAAGUCCAGCCCCGACACAGCUGACAAGAAGCGGAAGAAGGACAGAAGGAAGAAGAAGAAGAACAAGAGGAAGGUAUCCAGCAGCGAGUCUAGUAGCUCCAGCAGCUCGGACAGCGAUGAUAAGAAACGUAAAAAGAAGAAAGAGCAUGGGAUAGACAAGAACGCGCUGUCAGAGUGGAUGUCAUCCAUACCUGUCAACUUUGACAGGAAGCUGCUUGACAACUUGAAGUACAGAGUAGAGAAGGACCGACGCAAAUCUCCUACACGCGAAGUUCAAGAACGACGCAGCGAACGGAGGUCAGAAAACAAAAGAGAAGAGAGACAAGAUAGGAGAGACGACAGAAGGAACGAGAGGCCGGAGAAGAGAGAGGACAGGUCUGACAGAAGAGAGGCACCGGAAAGAAGAGAGGAGAGGGCGGAGAAGAGAAACGAGGCCCAAGAGAUACGGGAGAGUUCGCGAUCCGCUCAACAAUCAGAAGUAAAGAAACCAGAAAUUAAGAAAAUGCCUUUUAUUGGUAAAAUGCCCGUGUUUAAGAAUUUAUCAAAGACAGCAAAGACUGAAGAACAGAAAAAGGAAGAAGAGAAGAAAAAGCAGGAAGAAGAAUUAAUCAAGAAGAAAAGGGAGGAGAUGGAUGCGGAGAUACAGAAAAAGGUGGCGAUCUUCAAGGAGAAGAUAGCGAAGGCGCAGCUGGAGAAGCAACAGGAGCUGGGGCUGGCGCUGCCGCUGGGCUUCAUGCCGCCCUGCCCGCCCGCGCCCGGCGCGCCGCCGCCCGCCCCGCCCUGCCCGCCCUGCCCGCCCUGCCCGCCCUGCCCGCCCUGUCCGCCGCAGAUCCUGCCGCCGCCGGUCCCGCAGCCGCCGCCGCCGGCCAACAACCUACCCAAGGACUUCCAGGAGGCGCUGGACAUCAUCUUCCCUUCGAACACAAAGCCCUCGGACUUAUCGCAGCAGGAGUUAUUCGUAGGAGGCAUGCAGGGCUUCGCCCCUAUGCCGCCAGUACCCUUCGCCCACCUGGGCCUCGUGCAGCCGCCCAUCUCCCAGAUGUCGCCCAUGUCUCCCAUCAUGAUGGGCUUCGACAUGAACCCGCAGCUGUUCCCCGCGCGCCCACAGCUCUACGACACGCACGUGCCUAUUGUGCCAGGACAGCAGAGGAAUAACAAAAAUGCAGUUCAAGAAGCACAUAAGAUAGAAGGAAAAGAGAAGAAUAAAGAAGAACUGGACGAGCUCGCGAUGCUGGGUAUCGACGCGACGGAUGUCGGCGCCGGCAUGUGAACCACGCAUGAUGACGUCAUAGUACACAUUUUACUUGAUUUUCGAUGGCCACUAUAUUAUAUUUGAAACGCAUGUUUUGCAAAUACAAAACUAAGCAUUACUAUGAUUAAUUAAGACCUUAUGUAUAAAAUAAUAUAGAUAACAAAAAUCUACAAAUAUUAGUAUUUGUGUAGUUAAUUUUGAAAACAACACAUGUGAGAAAACCCACAUAUUGUUAGAUGUAUAAAUAAAUCGAUUUGUCAGAUAUGUCGUUUUACAAUGCAGUUGCAUAGAUUAUUAAAUUUUAUGAUCUUAAUAUGUCGGAGUACUUUAUUCGCAUAAUAGAGUUUUAUGUUUUGGUCCUGUAUUGAACAGCAGUGCCAAAUGUGAACUAUGAAAUAAAAUAAUUUACUUAAAAAAAUGAUUUUUAAUAGAAACUGAUGAUAAACGAAACAUAGACCGUUAAUUAAUAUUCGCGAAAUCUGGAUUUUUUUCCAUAUUACAUUAACUGUGUACAACUGGUACAUUUUGUAUGUAACAAAUUGUUUUUUCAUAUGGUUUAUUUGCGAAUAUUUUUAUUAUGUUUGACUUUAUGAAGUUAACAUGUUUGUAUGAACAUGAAACUAUGAUUAUGUAAUAUACCUUAGGUUGAAGAAUUUUUAAGUAAUUAUGUACUUAUAAAUGUAAC